AUGUUCAACGCCAUCCUCCCCCUCCUCUUCUCCCUGCUCUCCUGCGCUUACGCCGCGCCCCUCACGGCCCAGAAAGCCGACGGCCCCAUCGGUCUGCACGUCGGAGGCGGAAUCGUCGGCUUCCUCGUGCUGGUUCUCGAUGUGAUUGUGUGGAUCGAGGUCCUGCAAUCCACCCGCCCCAUCUCCCACAAACUCCUCUGGGCUCUGCUCGUCUUCAUCUUCCCGAUUGUUGGCGUCAUUAUUUACUUCCUCUUCUCCAACCGCAAGGCUCAUAUGGGCGGGUACGAGGCGAUUCCGUAA